UUAAUGUAGCUCAUAUGGAUAUUAAACCUGAAAAUAUGCUAUUAGAUGAAAAUUAUAUUUUAAAAUUAAGUGAUUUUGGAUUGAUAGAGUUUAAUCCAGAAUCAAGUGAAUAUUAAGGAACUAAAGGAUAUAUGGCACCAGAAGUUUAAAAAGGUGAAAAAUACUCUACCAAAAAGGCAGACAUUUUUUCAUUAGGUUGCACAUUUAUUGCAAUAAGAUCAGGAGUAUAUCCAUUUGGUGAUGUAAAUAACAAAUCUUAACAAUAUAGGGUUAAUUGGAUAUGAAUAAUCCUAUUUAUGUAAGUCUUUUGUAGGAUCCAAAAUCAUUUUGGAAUCAUUUUGUUAAUUUGGUUGAAAAUGAAAAUAAAUUAAAAAUUCAUUUUGAAGAAGAAUUUAAAGAUCUUAUUGAAAGAAUGUUAAAUAAUAUUCCAGAUAAAAGACCAACCAUAGACUAAGUUUUUAAUCAUCCUUAUUUUAAAUUAUAUCAAUAAUAACUAAAUGAAUAAGCAUUUAUUCAAUUUAUGACUCAAUAAUUUAUAACAAAGUAAAUUUAUUUUAAAUUAUUAAAUAGAAAUAUUUAUUAAAUUGAAUUAUAAUUAAAUAGAGUAGCACCAGGAAAAUAAAAUAAGAAAGUUGUCGUUUAAUUAGAAAUUGAAUAAAUAGGAUUGAAUUAAUUUAGAUUUAGGAAUGAUAAUAAAUAUGAGAAUUUUUAUUCUAUGGUCAAAAAGUUCUUUAUUUUUGUUAUUACAAAAUUAGAGGAUGCGAUAUUUCAGGCUGAAAUACCUGAGGAAUAUUAAUAAAUAAAUAUAAGUUAUUUGAUCAGUGAAAUGAAAAAUAAAUGUAAAAUAGGUGUUUUGGAAAUUCCAGAAGAAGAAACUAUAAUACUUCAUUUAAUUGAUCUGGAAGGGUGUAAAAAAGAUUAAAAUAAAUUAAAAAAACGAAUUAGAGAUAUUUUAAAAUCUCAAAUAUAAUUUGAAAUUAUUAAAUAAAAUGAAUAAAAUAUAUGA